AUGGAUGCCCAAUUGAGCAGAAGAUCAGUUUCCAUGAGGCCCCAAUUGAUGGAUACCAUCGUCGUCCUCAUAUGGCUCUCUCUGAUCUCCAUCUGUUCCUCCCAGACCGCCAAUUUAUCGUCUGGACAGGGGAACCCUAAUGGUGCGUCCGCUUCUUCGAAUAGCCCACCGUCGCCGAAGCCAGCUCAACCACCCCCUCAUCGUCCUCGUAAUUCGCCACCACCACCUACCGCAAACGGUUGGCGGGCACAGAAAUCUGAUCCUCCACCGCCUCCUCAGUCUCCUUCUCCUCCUCCGCCUGCACCUCAUAAGUUCGAAGAGAGCGACGGGAAUCCCUCAGCGAAGUCGCCCCUGGGGAAGACACCUCGAUCUCAUAAUGGAGGAUCUGGAAGCGCUGAAGGAAAGAAAAACCCGUUGGGCAAGAAACUAGGGAUCUGGUUUUUGGGGAUAGCCGGAUGUCUGCAAGUCGCAGCUGUGGCUUUUUUGUCUUUCAAGAGGCGGCAAAUACCCGCAAUUCUGGAGAAAAGUGGAACUCAGUUAGGUGACUGA